CCACUUCACACCGCCACAGUCCUAGCAUCGGGCCAGCAGCCGGGGUGAAGAAAGUCACGGCGGAGCCCGGCUCCCCGGUCCUGAUGCCGGCUGCCGGUGGCGGGCUCCACGCCGGCCCUGGGACCUAGGCAGCCGCGCGAGACCGCUGCGGGCGCCUCCCCCAUGCUGCUCGGAGCGUCCUGGCUGUGCGCAUCCAAGGCGGCCGCCGCUGCUGCGCAGAGCGAGGGCGACGAGGACAGGCCAGGCGAGCGGCGGCGGCGGCGGGCGGCGGCCACCGCCGCGGGGGCGGGCGAGGACAUGGACGAGUCGUCGCUGCUGGACUUGCUGGAGUGCUCCGUGUGCCUGGAGCGCCUGGACACCACGGCCAAGGUGCUGCCAUGCCAACACACUUUCUGCCGCCGCUGCCUGGAGAGCAUCGUGUGCUCGCGCCACGAGCUGCGGUGCCCCGAGUGCCGCAUCCUGGUGGGCUGCGGCGUGGACGAGCUGCCCGCCAACAUAUUGCUGGUGCGCCUGCUGGACGGCAUCCGUCAGCGGCCCCGCGCGGGCACCAGCCCUGGCGGCAGCCCGCCCGCGCGUCCCGUCCCCGGCCAGAGUGCGGCCCCCACGCUCGCGGGCGGCGGGGGCGGCGCGACAGGCAGCGCCCCGGGUUCCCCGAUUUUCCUCUCAGCAGCCGCGGGCAGCGCCACCGGCAGUCUGCGGGAGCUGGCGACCAGCAGGAGCGCGCCGGUGGCAAAGCAUCACCCUUGCAUCUCCCUAGAAACGGGGACCUUCUUCCUCUGGAUCCCCAGACACUCCCUCUGCACACUGGGCCUGCCGGGAGAAAAGUUAGAGCUUAACGUUUCUGACAGGGCUCUGAUGGCUGCAUUGGGAAGCCGGCGGGCCUCCUGCCUGCGGUCUGGCUAA